AAUGACACAGGAAAUCGUGUCAUCAAUGUCAUAGGCUACGGUCGCCUUGAGAAGAUCAUACUUUGCAACUUGGAUGGCAAGGCCAUAUGGGGGACUCACCAGAAUUCCCUCCACAUCCUCGCAGUUAUUGCACCCUGUUAUACAGAUGGACGUGAUGCUUCACAAAUCCUUGUGGAGUAUAAGAAAUUCCUGCCAAUCAUUGUUAGCGAUGUAUGCAAUAUAAAAGCCGCAGUGGGCCGAGUUAAUACUCGCAGAAGGUGGGGUAUCAUAGAUCGUACCAUCAAUGCUGCCUGUGCAUCAUUUGCAGAUGUGGAUGAGUACAACGAAGAUUAUAUUUCAGACGAGGACACAUAG